ACACACACACACACACACACACACACACAUAGACACACACAGACAGACAUAGCCAUGAUCCCGAUGGGUCGUACUUUGUGUCUUCCUUCUCCAGCCACCGUCCAGGAGCUGUUUUCCGUGGCUCGAGACGCCAGCAUCAUCCCUGACGUCUCCUUGGAUCCCGUCCUCACCACCUUCCUCUCGCUUGACUCUUCGGCCGCUCUGCAGCACCAAUAUGCCUCCUUACAGCGGGGCAUGAGCGGGGAGCAGCAGGCUGCGUUCAGCCUCAACUUGACCGGAGAGCUGGGGGGCAGCAGCAGGGUCCCCUGUGGAGGAGUCGGGGUUGUUGCUCUGGCUCUGUCUGUGCUUUUUGAGCAGGUUGCUCAUCAAGUACGAGCCCAGAGCUCCACAGAGGGGGACCCAUCAGCCCAGAGAUCCCGGGCUAAGAGGAUUUUUGGUAUCAGCAGUUUGUCACGAAUCGGCUGGAUCAUCCACAGCUACCUGCGCCAGAUCCCCGGCGUUGCCAACAACCAGGAGAACAUGGCCGAGGCCACGGAGCUGCACGACAACUGGCUGAAGCUCGAGCUGCUGGACCAUUACGAGAGGAUGACCACGAAGAAGAGGAUGAGUUCAGAGUCCAUGCAGCAGUGGUUGGCAGGAGCUGCGUUCCACCUGCACAUGAGGAUUCACCAGGUUCGUCUGAAUUCUGUGCCUCUUGGAUCAGCCGAGUCGCUGCGUCUGUCUUACAGGACGGCGUUCGCUCGCCUGGUCCAGGGCUACACGGCCUAUCUGCACAGAAACAUCCAGGAGACUCCAGGAGCCCAAAAACCCAGAAGCAGGACAGCCGCUGGACUGGGACAAACAAACACAUUUAGCAGAACCAAUAUGACCUGUUUGACUAAUCACAUUUUGAAUGAUAGCUUGGUUAAUAUCUCUACCGAGACUGCCACACCCAAUUCUGCUGAUACCAACAGAAGUUGUAAAACAGACACAUCCCGUGAAAACUUUGGACGCAAUGUGUCAGACAAUGAGUCUGGAUACAGCAGCGAUGGGGGCGUUCAGGGUCUGUUGGUGAUUGAGCCGUGCAGGAAUGUGAGUCAUCAUGUGCAGCAUCACCCCUGUGAGUCUCCGGCCAUACAACAAGCUUUGGUGACGCGUAUCAUCAACGCUCAGGACCUGGAGCGCAACAGAAACUUCUUCCAGUUCCCUGAGAAGGUUCUCCGUGGCCUGCUCAGGCAGAGGGACAACUUUGAGCUGAAGACAAAUCAGGCAGAAAUGAACAGUGGUGGACAGUAACUGCAGUACAUUCACUCAUGUGCGUUACUUAUGUUCAAAUAUGAGAUACUUUUACUUGAGUCUUUUCCUCUUAUGUUACUUUCUACUUAUACUCCGCUACAUCUAAGAGGAAAAAUACUUUUUACUCCCUCACAAA